AGAGGGGCACCCCGGAGAUUUAGUUUCGGCUGCGCUAGCCGGUGGCCGUUUCUACCCGUUUCUGAUGACGUCAUAACGUGUAGGUUAUUUGGCCACUCGGUAUUGCAGCUGGUUCUUCGCAUGGUGGUCGGUACAAAGGUGUACGACAAGCUUCGAGAGGAAUGGCUGAGGACCAGACUGAUGAACGACAUUGGGAUGAUGUCCCCACAUGCCCAAACCAGCAAGGUUGAAUCAUUCCACAACAUCCUCCUUCACUUUUGCCCCAAGUUGCUUGUAUACUCAUAUCAAGGGAUGAAGUGCAGAUUAUAUUUGGCUGUCCUACAUUGGAACGAAAAUUGUGAUAGAGCCCAGGCUGUUGAUGCCGAAGGGAACCCAGUGUACAGGUUGAAGUAUCCACGCUCGAAGGAAGGAGGCCACACAUUGGAGAGAGUGCUGACAGCUGGCACAUGUGGUUAUGUGAAAGCCCUGAUGAGAGUUGUCGUAGAACUGGUGGAAAACAGGGAGCAGCUCAGAGACAACAUGGAGGAGCUACAGCCUCAACCAGCACGGAGUGCCUCUCAUCAUCACCCCGACAAUGGAGAAGCCGUGCAAGCUUUUGAACAACAUCAUCGCUUUGGCGAUAGAAACUAGUUCUUUUGGUGAUAGAACCUAUGAUGAAUGUGUCAGCUACCUGAACAUUAACCACUGAUUGUUUUAUUUCAGUACAAGACAUGUUUUUCAUAGACCCUAAAUUAUGUUUAUGCCAGUAUAAUUAUGGAGAGUAACAUGGAAGUACUCUAUGCAAGUGAGUAGUGGAUUCCGAUUCUAUGUGAGUGUAAAGCACUAGAAACUUGUCUGUAAGCUUGUACAUACUUACACAAGCCAAAGUCCAUGGUACACAUCGAUAGUCAUUGGUUUUAAUAGGUAAAAUACUUAUUAAAUUUGUAAAACUUACAUUUUUAGUUCAAUUAAAAACAAUUUCUGAAGCAUAUGCACUAGAUUUUCAUAAACACUAAGUAAAUCACUGUUGAUCAUGAAUUUGGCACCAAAUAUAAUCUGAUUUUUCUCACAGUCCUUCAUCUUGGCCAAUGCUUUUUGCUUCUUAUUUGCAAAAAAAAAAAAAAAAAAAAA